AUGUGGGAUGACAAACAGGGAAACGGGUCGAUGAAGGGAACAGCGUCCAGCAUAGGAAGCGAGGAGGAGGGAAGUUCAGACGAGGAACUUAUUGAGAAAAAACUGGUCCGCAAAGAGCGUGCCCAGAAUAAGAAGCUACAAGAAAGGCUGCAAGACCUGAAGGAAAAAGUAUCUGCAUUGAAGUCUAGAAACGAAAGGCUGGAGGCUCGAAAUGAAAGGUUGCAGGACCUUCUAGAGAGCAAGCUUGCAUCGUCGCCAGUGCUUCGAUGUGUUCUUUUGGUGUCAUAUGCUGUUCCAGCAAACACGUCUGGCCUGGGAUGCAUCUGUUGCACCUGUGACAAGAGACAUGGUUCAGUCGGGCUCUGCAACCUGACUUCACCGCAACAAGAAGCACGCCUCGGACUGUUCGUGACAUCGUACCACGUGCAGACAUUUUUGAUGAAGAAUACAGCGCCUUUGCACAUACGCUGCCAGCUGGCGAACCUGUUAUUGUGCAUGACAGCACCAGCUAUGCUACCUUGACGCCUACAGGGGAGAGCAGUGUUACUGCAGUAACCAAUCCCAGGAGCCCAGUAACUACGUCAAACGGCGAGGCUGCUGAAGUAACAACUCCCCAAAGCCCAGUUUCAACGGACAUUCCCACAGCAUACCAUGCAGAGCUCACCACUUUGCCCUUGCUGUCAGAGGUGAACGGACGGGUUCAUCUCGGCAACGGCAUCUUUGUAACUGAGGAGCAGUGGCAGUGGCUCUUGGGUCGCAGGAGGGAUUCUCUGUUCUGCAAGGAGGCAGUGAAGAUCUUGUGGCCGAUCUCUGAACUAAAGGGCAGGAGCAUCACUGGGACUCCAUGUCGUCGCUUUGCGAACAAAGAAAAUGGGGUGAAGCCCAGAAAGGCGCUGACGCCAGUCAAGCUCCAAGCUGUCACAAGUGCUUUUGAGAUAUACGUGGAGGAGACUCCAUCAGAGGUGCCACAGAAGGACCGGCUAAACAAGAUGAAUCGGUUCAUAGCUGAACUCUUGAAUGACUUCAAUAAAUGAUGUCACA